CACACAUGUGUCAAACUCAAGGCCCGCGGGCCACAUCCGGCCCGCCAUACAAUUAUAUCCGGCCCGCGAAAUCGUUUUAUAUAUCUGUUUUUAAUGGCCCUGUGAUAUGACGCCCCAAUAACACACACUACAAAUCCCAUGAUGCAGUGCAAUUGCCGCCAACGGCAAGCCGCGGUUCAAGUUCGCGGUCUGUUGAUGUAUACAACGCUAAUAUCAAAUCAAAGCUAGACCCCAACAAUGGCCAAGAGAAAAAUUGAUUCUGAAAACCGAGGCUUUCAAAGCCGGUGGGAGAAUGAGUAUAUGUUUACUGAAAUUGCAGGUAAACCAGUGUGUCUCCUUUGCGGGAGUAAUAUCGCUGUAAUGAAGGAGUAUAACCUAAGACGGCACUACGAGACGAAACAUGAGAACAAAUUCAAAAACCUGAGCGCAGGACAGAAGCUACAAAAGGUAGAGGAGUUGAAGAAGAAUUUGACAUCCCAGCAGACGUUUUUCACCAAAGCAAAAUCACAAAGUGAAGCUGCUGUGAAAGCAAGUUUCAUUGUGGCCGAAGAGAUCGCCAAAUCAGGACGGCCGUUUACCGAGGGGGAAUUCGUAAAGAAUUGUAUGAUGAAAGUGUGCGACGUCCUUUGUCCAGAUAAAACGCGAGCGUUUGCAAAUGUAAGCCUCAGCAGAAACACUGUUGCUAAUCGGGUUUGUGAGAUGGCGACUGAUUUGAAAACACAGUUGAUUGAAAGAGCAAAAGAUUUUGUUGCAUACUCCCUUGCCGUGGAUGAAACUACUGACGCGACUGACACUGCACAGCUGGCGAUAUUUAUCCGUGGUGUGGAUUCCAAUUCGUGCGUAACAGAGGAAAUACUGGACAGUAAAUCGAUGCACGGGACAACGAAAGGAGAAGACAUCUUUGGAAAUGUAUUUCAAAGUGUAACCGACAUGAAACUGCCGUGGGAAAAACUCGUUGGACUUACAACAGAUGGCGCACCUGCUAUGUGUGGUGAAAAAAAUGGACUGGUGGGAAGGAUGCGCUCAAAGAUGCGGGAGGAGAACUGUGCCGGUGAGUUGACAGUGUAUCACUGCAUCAUACACCAGGAAUCGCUGAGUGCUAAAGUCCUAAAAAUGGAUCAUGUGAUGAACACUGUAACACAAACCGUCAACUUUAUCAGAGCCCACGGUUUAAAUCACCGCCAAUUCCAGUCUUUUCUGCGGGAAAUAGAUAGCGAGUUUGGCGAUAUGCCAUAUCAUACGGAGGUCCGGUGGCUAAGUCGGGGAAAAGUUCUCAAAAGACACUUUGAGCUGCGAGAGGAAAUCUGCCAGUUCAUGGACAGUAAGGGGAAAGACUGCACAGUUCUGCGGGAUGAAAAGUGGAAAUGUGAGUUGGCGUUCCUGGCUGACAUAACGUCGCAUCUUAGCGCUUUAAACCUUCAACUCCAGGGACUUUCCCUGUUGCCAAGUAAUACGGAACCAAGAAAGUGCCACAGUUUUCCCAAAUGCCACCUUUGCUGAAAAACUCAGCGCGCUGCGCACUGAGUUCGCACGGCGCUUCAGUGACUUUGAGGCACAGAAAAGUAACUUCGAGCUGCUUCGCAACCCAUUUGCAGUCGAUGUGGAAACCGAACCUGUAGAAAUGCAGAUGGAGCUGAUAGAACUGCAAUGUAACGGGACACUGAAGGCAAAGUACGACACUGCAGGGCCAGCACAGUUCAUUCGCUUCAUUCCUGAAGCGAUGCCGCAGCUCCGCCAACAUGCGGCUCGAAUCCUGUCCAUGUUUGGCAGCACAUAUCUGUGCGAGCAGCUGUUCUCUGUGAUGAAAAUUAACAAAACGUCACACAGGAGUCGCCUCACUGAUGAACACCUGCAAUCGAUCCUGAGAAUCUUCACAACACAGAACCUAACCCCAAACAUAAACGAACUUGUUGCAAAGAAAAGACUCCAAGUAUCAGGCUCUGACUAAAUAGGACAAGAAAAUGGAAUGUUAUGAUUUGUUAUGAUUAUACUUUUGCUUUAAAUUCAAUUUUUUAUUUAUAUUUUCAGAUUUUUUAAUAUUCCAGCAUGUACAGAUUUUGAAUGUAUUGUAUUGACAGGAUAUUUUUUUAUGAAGAGCAAAAUAUUUUAAGUUGAAAUGUAUUUAUUUUGGAAUGAUAUCCUGUAUUUUGGUUCAUAUUAAUGGUUAAA